AUGGCUACCCUUACCACGCGCCCGCUCGCGCUUGCGCUUCUAGCGCUCUUCGUCUCAGCAGCAACGCUCGCCGUCGCACAGAAUGAUCCCGCGGCUGGGGCUUCCCAAGAUCCGACCCCGACCGAUCAAUCUUCCUCCUCUUCCGCCGUCGGCCAGCCUAUAACCUCUGAAGCGGGACCUUCCACCGCUACUGUUGCGGCGCCCACGGGGAACAGGGUCUACAUUGUGCGCAUGCGCGGAGUUCCCCCGCUCGCGGGGUACACUGGCGGAAUCGCGGGGUACGAGGCCACGGCUCCGCGCACGCGCGCGGCACAAUGGGCGGCCGCGGCGGGGCAGCGCCUCCGCCAGCGGCUUCCGCGGAUCAAUCUCCGCAAAGGGCCCGCGAAAUCGUUCGCGAAAAUGCUCGGGCGCAUGCAGGAGAAAGUCGCGAAGGAUAUUAAUCUCCCCAUGAAAAACGUCCUGUACAGUUACAAGUUCGUCAGUAACGGAUUCGCGGCGACACUCUCCCAGGAUAAAGUGGAACAACUUAAGCGGCAUCCUGACGUUGCUGACGUGUUUCCGUCGUACACGAUGCACAAGCUGACGACAGACUCGGCGGAUUUCUUACAGCUACCGGACAAUCUCUGGGCCGUGAAUGGCGGGCAGGCAAACGCCGGAGAGGACGUGGUGGUGGGGAUCGUGGACACAGGCAUCUGGCCCGAACACCCCUCGUUCGCCGAUAACACCACCGUCCCGUACGAAGCUCCCCCCACGUCGUGGCGCGGCGUGUGCCAGACGAGCGACGACUUCCCCGCGUGCAACAACAAGCUCAUCGGCGCGCGGUACUUCAGCGCCGGCUUCCGCGAGAUGACCGGCGACGUGGAGGACCUCUCGUACGACUGGGCCUCCGCGCGCGACGCGGACGGCCACGGCACGUGGUGUGCGGCAGCGGCGGCGGGCAACAGCGACGUGGACGUGUUCACGACGCGCGGCCAGCUCGUGGGCAUGGCGUCGGGCAUGGCGCCGCGCGCGCGCGUCGCGGCGUACAAGGUGUUCUGGUCCAACUCCAACUCGGGCGGCAUGACCGCGGCGUGGGCGGACAUCGAGGCCGCCGUGAAUUACGCCGUGGCGGACGGCGUGGAUGUGCUCAGCCUGUCGCUGGGCGGCCUGGAUCCCGAAGCCACUUAUUUCGACGACAUGCCAUACCUCUAUGCCAACCUUGCGAACGUGGCAGUGGUGUACGCAGCAGGCAACUCCGGCCCCCCUUCGACCGGCGGUCAAAUGUAUCGCACGCUCUCCAACUUCUCGCCCUUCUACCUCACCGUUGGCGCCAGCACCAUAGGCCGGCGAUUCCUCACCACAAUCACCCUGGGCGACGGCACAGAGCUUCAGGGCUCUGGCUUCGGAGCAGGAGGCGUCGAACCCGACACAGCGCCCAUCAUCGAGGGACUCGCGGCGCGCCGAACCGGCAUCACCAUCGGCAAAUCGGACCAAUGCCUGCCCUACGCGCUCGACGCUACCAAGGUCAACGGCAAAUACGUGCUCUGCUCGUACGGUGGCGUGCCGACUUCCGACAAGGUAUCUGAUCUGAUGAUGAAGGGAGCCAAGGGGAUUCUGCUCCUCAACAUCCCGCACGCUCUGGAGCCUUUCACGCCCUACGAUGAGCGCAUGCCCGUGAUCUAUCUCUCAUUUCUAGCCGCCGACUCGCUGAGGACGUAUGUCCGGUCGACGUCCUCGCCCACUGUCACCUUCUCGGCGGAUUUCGAGCGAAAUAUGGAUCUCGCCGCGCCCGCCAUGGCGUAUUUCUCCUCCACUGGCCCCGUCGCGAACCCCUACGCGACCGUCUCCGCGUCGCGCCCGUGCAACGACAUUCUCAAGCCGGAUAUCACUGCUCCCGGCGUGUCUCUCUGGUCCGCGUGGCGCGGCUCGAGCCCUGGCGCGGAUUACGGAUUUUCCAUGAUUUCCGGGACGUCCAUGGCGACCCCGCACAUGGCGGGGGUUGUCGCGCUGAUUGUGCAGCAGCACCCGAACUGGACCCCUGCGCAGAUCUUUUCCGCAAUCAUGACAAGCGCGACGGUCACAGAUACCAAGGAGCAGAAGAUCCAGCUCAGCAGCGGCGCGACCGCGACCCCGUGGGAUAUGGGCGCAGGGCACGUGAACGCAGAGGGAGUUCUCGACCCUGGGCUGACGUACAACGCUGGUGCGACGGAUUAUUAUAAUUUUCUCGCCGGGCAGGGUUUGACCAAGGCGCGCGGCUUGCUUGGCACGCGAAACCGGUUGGUUGCAGUAAAGCCGUACAUGCUGAAUCGGCCCACCAUCGCGGUUGCCAGGCUGAGCAAAUCGGUGUCCGUCACGCGUACUGUCACGAACGUCGGGUCAACGGCAUCAAACUACACAGUUUCGUGGGUGUCGCCUCCUGGCGUGACGGUUACGAUUACUCCUUUGAAGCUGUCGCUGCCCGUGGGCGGAUCGGCGACUUACACUGUGAAAUUCUCGGUGACGGCCGCGUCAUGGGAAUUCAAGUACGGGAGCCUGACGUGGAAGGACGCUUUCGGGCAUGUGGUGAAAUCCGUGAUCGCCGUGCAACCCAUCGUCAAGGAUACUUCCUCAACCGCACGCAAACAGAGCAAGAAGCUCUAG